GCCGCCGCCGCCGCCGCUCGCCAACAUGGCGGACCUGGAGGCCGUGCUGGCCGAUGUGAGCUACCUGAUGGCCAUGGAGAAGAGCAAGGCCACGCCGGCUGCCCGCGCCAGCAAGAAGAUCGUCCUGCCCGAGCCCAGUAUCCGGAGUGUGAUGCAGAAGUACCUUCAGGAAAGAAAUGAAAUAACCUUUGACAAGAUUUUCAAUCAGAAAAUCGGUUUCUUGCUAUUUAAAGACUUUUGUUUGAAUGAGAUUAACGAAGCUGUACCUCAGGUGAAGUUUUAUGAAGAGAUCAAAGAGUAUGAAAAGCUCGACAACGAAGAGGACCGCCUGUGUCGAAGUCGCCAAAUCUACGACGCCUACAUCAUGAAGGAGCUGCUAUCCUGUUCGCACCCAUUCUCGAAGCAAGCUGUGGAGCAUGUGCAAAGUCAUCUGUCCAAGAAGCAGGUGACGUCCACCCUGUUCCAGCCAUACAUAGAAGAAAUCUGUGAAAGUCUUCGAGGCAACAUUUUUCAAAAGUUUAUGGAAAGUGACAAGUUCACUAGAUUUUGUCAGUGGAAAAACGUAGAAUUAAAUAUCCAUUUGACCAUGAAUGAUUUCAGCGUCCACAGGAUCAUCGGGCGGGGAGGAUUUGGUGAAGUGUAUGGCUGCAGGAAAGCAGACACUGGAAAAAUGUACGCGAUGAAGUGCUUGGAUAAGAAGAGGAUCAAGAUGAAACAAGGAGAAACGCUGGCCCUGAACGAGAGGAUCAUGCUGUCUCUUGUCAGUACGGGAGACUGUCCUUUCAUUGUGUGUAUGACCUAUGCCUUCCACACUCCAGAUAAACUCUGCUUCAUCCUGGACCUGAUGAACGGGGGCGACCUGCACUACCACCUCUCCCAGCACGGGGUAUUCUCCGAGAAGGAGAUGCGGUUCUACGCCACCGAGAUCAUCCUGGGGCUGGAGCACAUGCACAACCGCUUUGUUGUCUACAGGGAUCUGAAGCCCGCAAAUAUCCUCCUGGACGAGCACGGACACGUGAGGAUCUCGGACCUCGGGCUCGCCUGCGAUUUCUCCAGGAAGAAGCCACACGCGAGCGUGGGCACCCACGGGUACAUGGCUCCCGAGGUGCUGCAGAAGGGGACGGCCUACGACAGCAGCGCCGACUGGUUCUCCCUGGGCUGCAUGCUCUUCAAGCUGCUUCGAGGCCACAGCCCUUUCAGGCAGCACAAAACCAAAGACAAGCACGAGAUCGACCGGAUGACGCUCACCGUGAACGUGGAGCUCCCUGACACCUUCUCCCCGGAGCUGCAGUCUCUCUUGGAAGGCCUGCUCCAGCGAGACGUGGACAAGCGGCUGGGCUGUCACGGAGGCGGGGCGCAGGAAGUGAAGGAGCACAGCUUCUUCAGAGGCGUCGACUGGCAGCACGUCUACUUGCAGAAGUACCCACCGCCCUUGAUUCCUCCCCGCGGAGAAGUCAACGCUGCCGACGCCUUUGACAUCGGCUCCUUUGACGAAGAGGACACCAAAGGCAUCAAGCUGCUGGACUGCGACCAAGAGCUGUACAAGAACUUCCCCUUGGUCAUCUCCGAGCGCUGGCAGCAGGAAGUCGCCGAAACGGUGUACGAAGCAGUGAACGCGGACACGGAUAAAAUCGAGGCCAGGAAGAGAGCGAAAAAUAAGCAGCUUGGCCACGAAGAAGACUACGCCCUGGGCAGAGACUGCAUCAUGCACGGGUACAUGCUGAAGAUGGGCAGCCCCUUCCUGACGCAGUGGCAGCGGCGCUACUUCUACCUCUUCCCCAACCGGCUCGAGUGGAGAGCGGAGGGCGAGUCUCGGCAAAGUUUGCUGACAAUGGAGCAGAUCGUAUCUGUGGAAGAAACGCAGAUUAAAGACAAAAAGUGCAUCUUGUUCAGAAUAAAGGCAGGGAAGCAGUUCGUCUUGCAGUGUGAGAGCGAUCCAGAGUUUGUGCAGUGGAAGAAGGAGUUGACGGAGACGUUCACGGAGGCCCAGCGGCUCCUGCGCCGGGCGCCCAAGUUCCUCAACAAACCCCGACCGGGCGUCGUGGAGCUCUCCAAGCCACCCCUGUGUCACAGGAACAGCAAUGGCCUCUGACACUCCGGGGGCAGACGCGUCCUCCAGGAGUCAGCCCCGGGGGGCCUGGGCCCUUGAAUCAGAGCCUGCGGGAGAAGGUGCCCACGCAGGGGUCUCUCCGUGGCUGGCGAAGACCCAAGGCGCCAGGGUGCUCCUAGUAGGAGUGGGGAGCACGCCCCAGCCAGGGCCAGCCCAGCCAGGGCCAGCCUGGCCCCCUGCUGGACAGCCUCUGUCCACGCUCCAAACUACUGAGGGAAUCCAAGUUCUUUCUUGGCUACACACUGAUUUUGGUAUCUAUGAACCUAGAACUUGAGGUGACUCCUACGUAACUGUCUAUGUCUGGUACCAAACAUACCUUGGACUUUCUGGGAUGGAACUGAAACGUGUGCAGCAUUGGGCGAUGGGUUGCCCGAAGCGUUGCCGGAUGCCAUGGGGUAGCUGGCCACCGCGGGUUCUCCGUGUCCGAGCUCUGAGCUCCGGGCCGUGUUGCUGCUGUGCCCUCGAACCCAUGUCCCAUCUUCAUCCUGGGACUCCAAGUUGAAGAUGCCCCCUGGCCAGGGUGCCCUCGGGGCCUGGCACGCCUGCCCCGCCCCCGACAUCUGCUCUGAGGGGCCCCCACUUCCCUGGGGGUGAUGGGCUCACAUUCUCAGAAUGUAUGGGAGUCGCGAAUGAUCCAAGACACUCCUCGGUCAAUCACUGGAAAGGUUUUGCAGGGAUUCCGCUGGAGAACGGUGGAGUUUGAGAUUUCAGGGGCAAACAGCGAUUUUCAAACCCCCACCCCCCCAACAAGUGCAGUGUGCUAUGAUAGCCGGCACCUUCCCGCGUCUGUCUCGGGUCCGGACGGGCGGCCGUGGGCUCCUCCUGUCCGACCCAGGAGGCAUCAGUCAGGGAUGUGUCAAAGAAGAAAAAGAAUUGCUUCGUUUUACGUAGUGUCAUUUAAGAUGAAUUUGAUCUGGGGAAAAAAGACUGCGGGAGACUGGCCGUGUCCCCACGAGUCAGGGCUGUGCGUCAGCGCGUCCGCCCGCCUCUCCCCGCCACGGAGCACCCCUGGGCACUGCAUGACUCUGCCGUAGAGUCCCAGCCGGGCCCUCCCCCGUGCCCCGCUGACGCCGCCAAAUAAAUGCUGGGUCAUAGAAACCAGCCAAGUCCCCCUUUGUCCACAGGCUGAAAAAUAAUAAUAAUUUCAAAAGUCCAUGCUUGUCCUGUUCUUGGUAGAGUUUUCUUGUAUGUCUCUGUUAACGACUAACAGCAUAAAGAAGUUGACUCCAGGAUUAUUUGCAGCCUGCCCUGGCUGUGGCGGGUGAUUCCACGGUCUUUGUUUUCCUGACUGCGUGCUCCGCCCAGCGGGGAAGGAAGCACUUGUUCACAGAACCGUAUUUGGAGCAUUUGGAAGUUCAUCCGCGGGAAGGAUCUGUGGUUUCGUAGGAACCACUUUGGGGAAAAAAUAUUGGAGUUCUUUAUCCUUCCCAGUUCCUGAUUGGGGUUUCAGUAAACACGUCCUCCGUUGCGCCGUCUCCGGGGCACCAGGCGCGUGUACGGUUCACGUGUGUUCCCUGAUUACAAAGGAAGAAUAGUGUGCAGAUUCUGUUCUUUAAAAAAAACAAAACAAACAAAAAACACAGCGCCACCACCAGGGACGGAGGACAGAGAAGCAGUUGCUCUCUUUAAGAGGCGCUGUCUUCCCAGCUGUGGCGCUCACAGCUGUGGCUGUUGAGGGUUCCAUGUGCUCAUCCCUGCUGGGCAGGCAGCACCCACGGCUCUGGCCUGGCCUCCCUGGGGGCAGGGGCCGGGACUCCAGCCGGAGCCGGGCAGCAGCUCCUCGCGAGCAUCUCUGUUCGGAGCCAUCAGUGAACUGCCAC